UUACGCGCACAUGCGCAGAACGACAGGUGGUCGGCGACUCGACCCAGCUAUUCCGACCGAACAUCGACUUCUCAUGCUCAUCAUCAGCCGCUUUCAUACUCAAGCUAGAACGAUGUGCAGUGUAUUGUGUUGAAGUGUUCGUGGUGACAUGGCGUCCCUUUAUUAAGCGCUGUAGAAGUUUAGACAUAAAAAAAUUGUUUAUUUACAAUGCGUGUGAAUUAUGAUCGUGUUUGUAGACUGUGCUUGUCAUCUCGAGGCGAAUUACUGCCGAUAUUUCCUACCACCAGUUCGGAUGACUCGGAACCUCCUGGCCUUGCCUCAAAAAUCAAGGAAUGCGUCUCUGUAGAGAUAAACGAAGAUGACGACCUGCCAACUAAUGUGUGCAGAAAAUGCUGUGACAAUGUCAAUAACUGGCACAUUUUUAAGGAUGUAUGUGAAAGGUCACAAAACAAACUACAGACACUCAUUAAAAAUGAUGGCAGCCAACUAGAAGAGGUGCAAAUUAAAAGUGAACCUUUAUCUGAUGAGGCUUAUGAUGAUGGAGUGGUUAUUGAAGGAUCAUACCCUGACCUUGAGUGUGCAUCAACAUCAAGUAAAGUACAACCAGAAGGCCCUCCUAUCUUGGCUUCACUGGGUCUCACACCGAGGAGUGAUAAGGGUAUGGAGAGCGAAAAUAAUGAAGAAGAUGAAGAAAUGAAUGAAGAGAUGAAUGAGUCUACUCAACAAUAUCCGGGCGUGCCCGCCAUGCCCGAGGUGUCCAUCACCGUAAUGCGCCCCACAGGAGAGACGCUGCAUGCUCGCCAAGGGAUACAACAACUCGCGUCCAAAGAGUGCCUCGUGUGCGGACGAUUUUACAGAUAUUCACAUAACGCCAGGCGACAUGAACUUAACGCUCACAGUUUUGACAGAUACACUAACAAAGUAACCAACAAGAAAUCUCACAAUACACACAGGCAGCCGAAACUUAGACCCAAUCCGUUCAAUCCCAAAGCGAGGCUCAUGCCUAAUCCUAUUAGUCAUAAAAUGCAGUUGAUCCCUAAAGGGAUUAACGCAAAAAUCAUACAGAAUAAGCCUGCCACCCCAUCCAAACCUAUACCAAUUAAAACACCAAAGGGAACCCAAAAUAAUUUGCCAUACCCGCUUCGUAUUAAGGCAUUAAAAGAUUUACAGAUAAAGAAAAAGGAACCACAAAUCCUUAAGACUCUGUUGACAACGAAACCUGAAGUUUUGGUAUCCGAACCGGAAAUUCUUAAUUCUGGUCCAGAAAGUCCGGAGACUUUGAUAUCAGAACCAGAAAUAGCAUCGUUCCAAGUAGAGACUAUCCUUUCGGAACCGGAUACAUAUAUGCCACAAGAUGAUGAUGAUGUCGAUGGUGAAAUGCAAAAUAAUCAAGGUCAUAAUUACGAUACUGUUGACAUGGACUCCGAAAAUGAGAUUGAGAUAGCUCGUCAAAAAGAAAACGUCGAAGGUGAUGGGGAUGGCGAAGGUGAAGGGGAUGGUGAUGGAGAUGGCGAUGGUGAAGGCGGUGUGGGUGAUCAUUUGGUCAUUAACGAAAGGGAGGAAGGUAACGAAAUGGACAAUGAAGAUGAAAAUAACAUGGAAAGAAACCAAAGCGACAAUGAAAAUGAUCACGCAGAUGACAAUGCCGAUAGCCAGGAUGGGCUACAAAUCGACAACGAGAAUGAUGGCAGAGACGAAGAUUAUGAGAAUGGACAUGAAACCAAAGAAGGUGAAGAAGGUAUUGAUGAACGAGACGAUGAACAAAUGGAAUACAAUCAAGAUGACGAUGAUGAGGAAUUGCCACCUAUAGCACCCGUUGUCGAAAUCAACGAAGACAUGCAGACAAAUUCGUACAACAGUGAAGGAAACGAUGAAGAUCUCGACGAAACCGCUGACCCUAACGACACAGUGGAGGACGUCAAGGAACUCGACCCCGAUAAGCUAUAUGUGACAAAGACUCAGCGAGAUUUUAUACAAAAAUAUCGCGAUAUAAUCGAACAGAUUAAUACAAAAAGAUGCCUCUGUUGUGAUAGAGAACAUCCCCGCCGCAAAGCUGUCAUACAACAUUUGCAGAAAAAUGGACACAAAGUCCCCAAACACACGUGCUACAACUGCGUUGUUACCUUUGGCCAUAUCGGAGCUCUGCUCAGUCACAUGCGCUCCAAUACUUGCACAGAUCUAUGGAAGAUUAUUUACAAUGAAAAUGGCAUCACCGAAGAUUUAGUUUUGGAGGACGAACCUAAAGAUACCAAAGUAGCCUAUAAAGAUAUAUUCAAUACUAGGUCUUAUGCUUGUAAAUUAUGUCCGGCUAAAUUCCAAUUGAAACAGUUUAUAAUGAAACAUGUGCUGGACGUGCAUGAAGAUGGCCAGUCUCGCGUUCAGCUCGUCUGCGUCCACUGCAACUCGAGAUUCAAAGAUAAGGCGUUGUGGAAGAGGCACAUCCGCAACGGAGAAUGUACCGUUUAUAUUUCAUGCGAUUUGUGUUCCGAAAGAUUUGGCAAUAUGCAACAUUUCAACGACCACGCAUUAGCCGUACACGCCGGGAACUUCGACCAAUCUGAUAAUCAGAACAAAUGUGUCGACGGACGUCCGACCGAUUGUCCAGUUUGUGGGAAGAAGAACAGCACCUAUCCAAAUUUAGUGAAACAUUUAAAGAUUAUUCACAACGAGGAGAAACCUCAUUACUGCCAGCAUUGCGAUUCUAAAUUUGAACAAACUGCUGAUCUUAAUAAACACAUCUAUAUGGAGCAUUCUGAUAGAACAUUAGGCGUGCAGAGCAACGAGCCCGACAUGUCUCUCGUGAAGGAGGAAGCCGAGGAAUACCACUACUCUUGCACAGAAUGUAACGCCAUAUUCGAAACUGUCGACGCUUGGACGGAUCAUCAGGUGGCCGAACAUAAUCAAGUCGCUCACCAUUGCGACCAAUGUGACAAGAAAUUUUUAAGGCCGUCGGAACUGGCGGAGCACAAAAAUACGCAUUUGAGAGUUAAAUUUUAUCCUUGCAACAUUUGUUCCAAUUCGUACAGCACACCCCAAAAACUUUCUGAACACGUUCAGCAACACCAUCCCGGAGCCGCGGGGGCGUACGCGCCCGUGGACUACGACUUCUUCUGCGACAUCUGCAUUCGGUCGUUCAAAAGCCGCCAGGCGUACUCGAACCACAUGCGCAUACACGCCAAAGUGCCCACCACAAAUAGAAAACCCGGAGAACCGAAAGGAUUCGCUCCGCAAAUUGUCGGUAAACCGAUUAGAUCCUUCUCGAUGGUACAACCCACUUUCCUUCCAUUCAAACCCAAUUGUAACGUCCCGAAUGCGCCUUACUCCUGUGACAUCUGCGGAAAAGGUUUCAUGCACAAGAAAAAUAUUUGGAAGCACAAGAAAGUGCUACAUGCAGACGCCGCGGAACGAAACGACAGCGAGGAGAACACCAUGCAGGCCUCCACCGAAGAGGACGAAUACAAUUUAGACGAAAACGGAGCUGUUCUUUCGACGCCGCAAUUCAAUAGUUUUAACUUUACUAAUUUAGCAAACAACUUGCAGCAACAGGCGGCACAGCCCCCCCAGGACGCCACACCUUAUUCUUGCGAAUUGUGCUUCAAACGGUUUCCACUUAGAACAAGUUUAUGGAAGCACAAACGCGCUAAGCACGGAAUCAUCAACGCCAGCGCCAGCGGAAGCUCAGAUUCGCCAAUAAUGGCUGGAGAAGGCGGCAGAUCGAGUUGCACUAUAUGUAAAAUUACUUUUUCAGACAAAAAAUCAUACUACCGCCACAGAAAGAAUGUUCACAAAUCCUCGGCACAAAUGUGCAAAAUAUGCGGAAAACCAUUGAAUUCUACGUUAGAAUUAUACGAGCAUCUCAAGGCCGCCCAUGCCAGGGAAUUACUCGGAUAUAACGCAAGUCAAGUUCCCACUAAACAGGAGCCCACUCAAGAAUUGGAAGGGGAAUAUGACGGUGACCAGGAUUCGGUCGACCCCAGUGCCGAAUAUCAAGCCCGCUACCCGUGCGACAACUGCGGCAAACAAUUCGUCGGCUUGCUAGCUUUACAGAACCACCAAUGCAUACACCAGUCACAAUCAUCUCCUCAGACUUUUGACUGUGAAAUAUGUCAUAAGAGUUAUACUUCUAUUUCUGCGCUAAAAAGUCACCGCGGCUGGCAUCUACGUUCCCCGGACGGCAAAGCGGCUGCCAACAAUUCGGGGCUUUGGAUGCCGCAGCAUAAAGUUACCAGCAAAGUCAGUAAGCACGAGGUGGUCGACCCCUCGCAGCUCGCGCGCGUCACUCACUCGACGCCGACGCCGACGCCCGCUAGCGUCGCUAAAAGGAGACUGCCGCCGGAAGUCGAGGUCACUGUCGUGAAUCCCAACAAGAAGUUGCGUUCCGACGAUUCGGUGGAAUUGGAACAACAGAACAAUUCCUCCACCGGGACCGAAGAUAGAUACUGCAAUAUAUGUGACAAGGAGUUCACCAAGCGAGCGGCGUACCAGCGGCACAUGGACGAGGUGCAUCAGCCCAACUCCGUGUUCUGUCCCGUCUGCGAGAAGAGUUUCACGCGCAAGUCGACGUUGAUCGUUCACAUGAAGAAACAUUACGGUGGCGGCGAGGGCAGCUCCACCGGCGUCGACCAGAACGAAGAUGACGGCCUCGCGUGCGACAUUUGCGGGGCGCAAUACGAUAAUGAGAACGCUCUAAGAGCCCACCGAGCCAUGCACCAUGGUGAUGAUUCCGGCGAAUCGGAAGAGGAGGGUAACAGCGCGCCGCCCCCGGGCGAGUUCACGUGCGGGCAGUGCGGGGACGGUGUGGCGACGCCGCGCGACCUCAUCGCCCACCGCACUAUGCACGCCACGCCUACCAAGUUCUACUGCAACAUCUGUAAGGUGUACUUCGCACGCGCCAUCGACCUGUCAUCGCACACGCGCGCGCGUCACUCGGACAAUGAGAAGGUGUUUUUCCCAUGUGCGAUGUGUGACAGGUUUUACAUGAACAAGAAGAGUUUGCAGCGACACAUCGAGAUGGCGCACUGAUCUUCAGCCGGGCACGCGCCUUGCCCUUCGCCGCCGCUCCUACGGUGAAUUAGCUUUAAUUCCUAUAGAGCGGUCGUUACAAUGAGACAACAAUAACAUAGAACUUUACGUAGUUGUAAAUAUUUAUAGACUACGCGAUCUUUGAUCUUCGAUACUACAACAGUGUAACUGUAAAAGUAUUUUUAGUAUCAUGGCAUUGUCAUUCCUUGAAUGUUAUUUGGUUUUAUUUCUUUAAUUGAUAGGAAGUUUCUUCAUUUAUUAUUUAAGGUCUUUGCUCAUUUGUGUUUAUUUAUUAUUGCACUCAGUCUAUUAUGAUUUUUGGGGACUGUAGCGAACGUUAUAUUGUAGUGAUUACUCGCAUUGGAUGAGUCUUGAACGUACUUAUCAUGAUAUUUAUCUUAUAUUUGUUUGGGAGAAAAUAUUGUAUGUAUCUACAUGCAUGUGUUACUAAUAUUAUUGGAACAACGGGCCAAAAUUAUAAAGUAGUCAAACCCAGUCAUAAAUUAGCGGUUUAUUUUUAUAUUACUUGUGUAUAAGUGUCGUUUAACUGUUUGGGUAAAGUUAAUGCGAUCGGUGUCGAUUUAUUUAAUUUUUUUUUGAAGAUUUUAAGAUUAGAAUUAGAAAUACGUUUUUUUGUAAAUAGUUAUCAUGACGAUCAUUCGUUAAGAUAUUCAUAAUUUUUGACUAAAAAUGGUCAUUUAAGUUUCGUUACAAUGUACUGAUUAUUUCAUAGUGAUUUCAAAAUGUAUAUUUUAUACAAAUAAAACUAACCACUCAUGGCAUAUCCCCUCAUCUAUGCUAGUUAUUGUAUUCUAUGGCCUAUGAGUUAUGAAUUGUACAUUUUAGAAUAUAAUUAAUUAAAAUUUGAAUUGAAAUUUCCUGAGAAAUUAAAAAAAAACUACUAUAAUUUUAUACUUUUGCACAGCCAACUUAACUCUAGUUUUAUGGUAAUAUUUGAUAGUGCCAAAAAUUUGCUUGAUUAAUAUCAAAUGUAGGUUAAUUAAGGUUAUACGUAUAGUUUUAAAUUAAGAAACUGUAAAUUUUCGUAUGUAAAAAAUGAUACAAAGAUAAUCAGAAUAAAAAAGUUUAUAAAUUUACUUCCAUAUGUUCAAUAAUCUAUGUGUAACUAAAUAUCAAUGUUUAGCUUAUCUUAUUCAUAUUGAAAAUAAUACAAUAAAUUGUGCGAUUUUACUAUUCGAAGACAUCAAGAAUAUUUUAUGAUAUUAAAAUUAAAUUAUAAAAUCAAAGUAUCUUUUGACAGGUUUUGUCUAAACAAAAUUUUAUCAUGUCAUUGAAAUGUAUUAUCAUCCAAUAUAAUUAGAUAAUGAAAUAAUUAUUAUUUUAAAUCGUGAAUCGCAUUCGAUUAACAUUAAAGUGUCUGGCGAUUUUUUGUAAAGAAAUCUGCUCAGAAUUAACUUCAUUGGGAAGUCGCCCAAAGGAUCCUAUGACUGAUAAGAAACACGAUUUAAAAAAUUAUUGUGAUAUGCUUUCGUUUAUCAAUGUAAAAAUUAAGUUUCUUUUAAUGUUAUGAGAACUAUUAUACAAAUUAAAUUAUAAGUGUCUUGAAAGAAAGGAAAUGCAGAUGGCAAAUGAUAUUUUAAUUGGAAAUUCAUUUAUAGUGGAUUUUCAAUAUAAAUAUUGAUGUCCAUAGAUGAGGUUUAAUUUUGUCAACAUUGUGGUUUGGUAAAUAAAGUGACUUAAUUAA